AUGUGACUAAACAAGUCCAUCUGGUUUUCUCUUCACAGAGAGGGGCUGAGCUUUAAGGAAAUGGAUGUCAGUUUAACAAGCAAAAUACAUAUGGAACAUACGUAGGCUCUUGUAGUGAACAUCAUGGCUGUGAACUCUUUGGACCUGCUCUUCAGAGCUCUGGAUGAGUUGGGCUCUGCAGAUCUGAAGAGGUUCAAGACGUACCUGUCCGAGAAGACCCUGGAGGGGUUUGAGCCCAUCCCCAAAGGAAAGCUGGAGGACAGUGACACUACAGAUGUUGCCUCCAAGAUGAAGGAGACCUAUCAGGGGGAAGGCUCAGUGAAGAUGGCUCUGACCAUCCUGAGGAAGAUGAACCUCAACGACCUUGCAGACAAACUAAAGAGAGCUGCUGCACAGUCCCAAAAGAGAGAAGCAAAUGCACCUGUACAAGAUCCAGAAGAGGAAGAUGACCCAAUUGUACAAGAAGUCAAGGAAAAACACAAAAAGUGGAUGAUCAAAAAGUUUGGCAGCAUUUAUGAGUGUACUGAAGAGGGAAAGAACAAAACACCCCUGAGCAAGAUCUACACUGAGCUCUACAUCACAGAGGGAGAGAGUGAAGGCGUCAAUGCUCAACAUGAGUUUCGCAGGAUUGAAACACAAUCAAAUUUUCAGAGGGGAGACAAAGAUAAAAUCAACUGUAAUGACAUCUUUAAGUACUUAAUGGAAGAUGAGAAAAUUGUGGUGACCACAGGCAUUGCAGGCAUUGGAAAAACUGUAUGUGUGCAGAAGUUCAUUCUAGACUGGGCAGAAGGAAGGGCUAAUCAGGAUGUUGAUUUCAUGCUUGCGCUUCCCCUGCGUCAGUUAAAUUUGAUAAAAAAUGACGAGUACUCUCUUCACCAACUCCUCCUCGACUUUCACCCUGAACUGGAUGAAAAGGUCAUACAUCCACACGUGUUCAGAAAGGGGAAGAUUAUACUCUUACUAGAUGGUCUGGAUGAGAGCAAACUCCCCUUGGAUGUAGAACAGAGCAUUGACAUGCAUGAUCCCCUGAAGACUGCAUCAGUGGAUGUGUUGAUAACCAACCUCAUCAAAGGCAAUCUUCUGCCUAAUGCGCUUAUUUGGAUAACCUCCCGACCAGCAGAUGUCAAACGGAUCCCUUCUAAAUACAUAAAUAAGUGGACAGAACUUCAAGGUUUCAAUGACCAACAGAAGGACGAGUACUUCAAGAAGAAGAUGGAAAAUCCGGUUGAAGCUGAGAGAGCCAUUGACCACAUUAAAAGGUCCAAGAGCCUCUACAUUAUCUGCCACAUCCCCGUCUUCUGCUGGAUCUUAGCCACUGUCAUCAUAAAAAUGAUCAAUCACGCCAGCUUGAGUUGCAUACCUCAAACACUAACUGAGAUUUAUAUCUGUUUUCUGCUCACGGAGACAAAAAGGAAGGGACAAAAAUAUGGCAAGGGUUUUGAACGAGAUGAUAAAAAACGUCUGGAGUCCAACAAAGAGGCAAUCCUAAAAUUAUCUGAACUAGCAUACAAAGAACUGGAAAAGGGUAACAUCUUGUUUUCUGAAGACAGCCUGAAGGAGAGUGAUAUUGAUGUCGAUGACCCAUCUUUGUACUCUGGUAUGUGCUCUGAGUUCUUCAGGAGUGAAUGUGUUGUUGACCAACAUAAAGUGUUUUGCUUUGUGCACCUGAGCAUUCAGGAGUUUCUUGCUGCUUUCUAUGUGUUUCACUGCUUUGUGAAUAAGCAUACAGAUGUGCUGAAGCAUUUUCCCUCACAGAGAGAUCAAGAAACCACUACCACAGGUAUGCAAGGCCCAAAUUUAGAAUCUUUCUCCGCGAAAAUAUGGAGAAUUAUCACUCAUUUGUUUAAGGGGAACUGGAAGUUUACACAGAUUUCAAUGGCAGAUUUUUUUAGAACUGCAGUAGAUAAAUCCAUGCAAAGGGAAGAUGGACAUCUGGAUCUUUUCCUUCGCUUCCUCUUGGGCAUAUCAUUGGAGUCCAAUCAGAAACUCCUACAAGGCCUUCUGACACACAUGGAGAGCAGCUCAGACAGCCUCAAGGAAACAGCCCAGUAUAUCAAAGGCCUUCUUAAUGAGGACAAAAUACUUUUAAGUGUAGACAUACAAACCACGGAAAGAUGUAUGAAUCUGUUACUCUGUUUGUUGGAGAUGAAGGAUAAUUCCCUUUUUGAUGAGAUUCAACAAUAUAUAAAUUCAGGAGAAGAGCUCUCACCAGCCCAAUGCUCAAGACUGGCCUACAUGCUUCUAGUGUCAGAGGAAACACUGGAUGAGUUUGACCUGACAAAGUACAAGACAACAAGUGAGGGCCGUUGCAGACUGCUUAUUGUACUGAGGGUUUGCAGGAAGGCAUGUUUUGUAGACUGUAAACUUUCAGAGAAGUCCUGUGGAAUUGUGGCGACUGUUCUACAGUCACCGAACUCCCUGCUAGAGCUGGACCUGAGUCAUAAUAACCUGGGGAAUUCAGGAGUUCAUCUUCUGUCUAAGGGACUGUCUAGUCCCCACUGCAAACUGCAGACAUUAAGUUUUCAUUCACUGAAGGCCAUGCAUCUAGCUUCACGAACACUCAAACUCAAGCUUAACAUGGUAGUAUACACUCAAAAACUAUACACCAUAAAGACUAUUUAGUCAUUUGUCAAUGCACAUAAUAUUGAUAAUGGAUGCCAAAUUAUUAACAUAUAAAACACAUGCACUUCUCAUCCAUUUUCCACCAUGAACUACACUCAAUAUGGCUACC